GAGACGGAACCUGGGCUGCUGGCGCGCCAGACGGACCUCUCAGGGUCUCGCUUCUGCCAGGCACCUUUGCAGCGCUCUGAACGAGGUCCGCCGAGGCCAGGACGCUGACGCCGCUGGAGGAAGCUGAGCUCGCCGGCCGAGGGAGACGAGAAGGAAGAAGAUGCAAGCCAGCCCCAUCCGCAUUCCAACCGUCAGCAAUGACACCGACUGGGACUUCUGCUUCCACUUGUCACAGCAAGCCAAGAAGCCAGCAUACCAGCAAAGAGAUGAACUGUAUUCAUCUAGCGGGUCUGGAGAGAGUGAAGAAGACACUAAGGCCACGGAGGAGAUGGCCGUAGGCUGCAUGUCUCUUCCUGAAGACAAAUUGGCCCAAUCCCAGAAUAAAAUUGCUCAGCUGAUGAAGAAAAACAUGAAUAUCCAAGCAAACAAGGAGCUGAUUCGCUGUGUCAUCCUUUCUCGGAUUAUUUUUGGGGAAGAACACUGGAAAUGUGCACAGGCUCUGGCCAGCCUGGCUUAUGGCUACCUGACACUGAGAGGCCUCCCAGCUCAGGCCAAGAAACAUGCUGAAUCUGCCAGGAGCACACUGCUGACCUGGAAGGAAAACACGACCUCAAACACGGAGAAAAAGGAAAUCCUGGAAGCUCUGGUCAUGCUGUACUACACCGUGGGGGUGGCCUGGCUCCUACAGAACCAUGGCAGAGAGGCUUAUUUCAACCUGCAGAAGGCAGAGAGAAACAUGAAGGAGCUGAAAGAAUUAUGUGAGGGAAGUGUUCACAGAUUACAAGUCUCGGAGAAAGACCUGACAAUUGCUUUGGGCAGAGCCUCCUUGGCCGUCCACAGAUUGAACCUUGCUCUGGCAUACUUUGAAAAGGCAAUUGGCAAUGUUAUUGCUGCUAAGGGUGAUAGGACAUCAGAUCUGGUCAGUCUGUACGAGGAGAUCGCGCAGAUCGAGCAGCUGAGGAGGAACCAUGAUCAGGCCAUCCAGUACUUGCAGCAGGCCUAUUCUCUCUGUGUUUCUUUGUUCACUGACGUCAGCCCCCAAACUGCAGAGGCAAGUGCGUUACUAGCCAAGGCUCAUGCCCUGUCUGGAGAGGCCCAACACAGGGACGCUGUGGAGAUAUAUUUUAUAAAAAGUAUCAGUGCGUAUCAAGCAACAUUGGGCCCAACGGAUUAUGAAACACUGACGACCAUUGAAGAAUUUUGCAAAUGGCUUGUCCAAAAUGGAGAAAAACAGGAAGCUUACAGACUGCUAAAGGCCUCACUGAAGUCUCAGGUCAUCAGCUAUGGUGAUUGUAGUGAAAAAGUGGCUGAAACUUUUUACAACAUGGGCAGGAUCUGCUUUGCCAAAGGAGACCUCAGAAAGGCGAUUCAGCUGCUAAGGAAGUGUCUGAUGAUUCAAAUCCUUUUAUAUGGAAGAGAGCACAGUAAAAGCAGAGACACAAAAGACCUCCUUACCCUAAUGCAGAGAAGGGGGUUCUCUAGCCUCCCUAGUGAUGCCUGUGUUCGGACGGUAAACGGGGAACUUGGCCCCCUACCUGCUGGGCAAGUAGCCAUUCAUCCAGGUGGAGAAGAGAAACCAUUCCAGGACGAAGGCACUGUAUAUGCAAAGGCACCGAGGCAUGACAGAGGAGAGUGUAUCAAAGCAAUGGUCUUCUGUUAUCAGUAAAGAGAAAACCUCUAUACUGGAUAGCCAACAAUAAAGCCAACCUUGUUGAUAACAAAAAUUCUGGAUCACAAGAUAUAUUUAUCAACACUGAUAACAAUGGCAGAUCAAAAGCAGAACUAAGAACUCUAAGGGGGGGGGAGAAAGUCUACUUAGCAGCAGCAUUACAGUUUUGGUUUUUAAAGAAGAUUCUGCAACACCUAAGUAGUUUAUUGAUGACCAUUUUAAUAUACUGUUUGGAAAUACUUUUAGUCAUACCUUGUUUCAGGUCACUAAAACUGCCUUGUGAAGAAACGUUUGAUCUCCUGAAAACAUUUGCCCUGGUCUCAUGCCAUAUUAGAGUCAGAGAGGGAUUUGAUUCUUAUAAAUGAAGAAACUAGGGACAAGAGAGAUGGAUUUGUUCAAGGUCAGCUGGGUGAUUAUAAAGCUGACUUCCUGAGUCACAGAUGAUUACUUUCCACCCCAUUAUGCUGCCCCCAACCCCAAACUGGAUUAAAAAGGCUUGUUUUGUGGAAGGAAUCUUAACCAGGUUUGUUUAAAAAAAAAAAAGUCCUUACCUCCUGAACAAAUGUGUAUCUAGGAAAAGAGAACAGCAAUCUCAAAUCUCAAACAUUCCUUACUGUCUUCUUCACGUAUUCAGGGAGCAAAGAAAAAUCGGAUUCGUGUGAGUUUUACAAAAUAAAAAACUUCUCUCUUCAUCGUUUCUGUUACCUGAGCUGAUUUAAUGCAGUUCAAAGACUGUGUCUUUAGGGAUCCAAGCGUCUUCUAACAUCUCCAUAUCACUUAGUGCUUAGGGGACUACAUUUUGGUUCUUCAUGCAAAAAAUUAUUUUUUUAUUUCAGUCAUUUGCUCAGUCUGUAAAACCUAAUGAUCAACCAGUAGCCAAGGUAUGGUGGUGAGUGGCGAGUCAGUGCCUGGUCUGUAGACUGGAAGGCUUCCUCCUGGCGGCUGUGCUCUGCAUGCUUUCAGCUCAGCUCUCAGGACCAAGGUCUCAGGUUGCAGGCCUGCCUGAAGGCAGCUAUAUCCCACUGACCUUUUCUGCAGUGCUUAUCAACUGGUCACCGGACUGUCGUUGCUAAUUUUAGCCCUGUCUGGAGAUGGGCCUGCUGUCCUUACCCAGGAUAUUCUGCACUGACUAAAGCAGCCUCAGAAGAGUUGCUUCCAUUUUCACAUAUCCGGACGAAAAUGGAUUUUCGACAAUGACUGUGAUAAAAAUCAAAGUACCAGACAGAAGUGGCCGUUUGGACUCUAUUUUGUGUGGCACUAAAAGUUUUAAAAAUGUUACUACUUUGGGAGACCCCAAAGUCUUAAGAUCUCCAGACUGACAAACCUGUAUCAAUAAAACAAUAGCAUAAAGUGUUAACAUUGUAAAAUAAAAUGUUACGGUGUGAUCUUGAUAUUGCAUCUGAAAUUAGUUUUAAAUAUUUAAAUAUAUCCAGUGUUUAUUGUCAGUGUAAGGUUACUAAUAGUCCAUUUUCUUUGAUUUUGAUGUUAAAAUGUUUAAUGAAAUGGUGGUGAUAAUGAAUGGUAGCUAUGGUUUUAACAUCCUCAUAUCUGAGAAAAUAGUAAGUUGUUACUUAUGUUGGUUCCAAAAGUUUUAAAAUUUUGGUAUUCUGUGAAAUCCUUAAGUUUAAGAAACCACCUUGGAAAUGUUCGACACAGUAAAACCUAAUGUAAAGUUACAUUCUCUCUUGGAAAACUGUAGAUGAGAACUAAGCUACUUUCUGAAUUCAUUCAGUGGGAACCAGCAAUUUGGAUAAUCUACCCCAAACACUUGAUGUUCCUAACAGACCUGAGUCAACAAGGUCAUUCACAACUUUCGGAUUCUUUUUAAAUUAGCUAACAGGAACUAAAAUCUUUGAGGUGGAUGAGGGUUAGCUAUUUCCCUACAAUCUCUACCAAAUUAGAAAAAGAAGAAAAAAAUCAAGCCUAGAUCAUACUGCCCCACAUACAGACUUUAAUAAACAUUUAUCAGCAAGCAUGCAAAUGCCCAUGCAAACUGCUCCCUAAGAUCAGUGAAGCCCUACUUCUGUUUUGGUGGUUCACCCACCACUUCCCACGAAAGGUCGGCUUGAGGCAGACUUCACAAUACUCCAGAAGUGAGGCUGUCCUAAUUUAGUUAGCAAGAAGAAGCCAGAAAUCCUUGGACAAGGUGGCAGGAAGCAGACCAUUUAGGGGUCAAGCCUCAGGCCCCAAGUCUAAAUGUCCAGGUCACAAGCCUCACUACACUUUUAUGUCCUUUUCAUGCAAAGGUGGGGAAAUACUCUUUAGUAAUUUAGUCAUGUCACAUGUCCUGAAUACCUCUAGUUUUACCAAUGAGAGCCACUACUAUUAUAUUGAUUUAUAUUGAUCAACAAAGUAUUAAUUUCAAAAAUAAAACCUACUUCAAAUAUUACUAAUUACUGCAGUCUCUGGCGGUGGCUGAGACAUGGACAGCACAGCAGAAGCACUGGGAACAACUGUCUGUUAUGGCAUCUCUGUCCACUCCUGGCGUGGGAAGUCCGGGUUGGAGCUGCUGGUGGCCUCGGGGGUGCGUGUAACCUGACUUGUGCCUGAAAACACUACCGAGGACACAAUUAGGAAAAGAAAAAAUGUUAUACAAUUUCCCCAAUUUCUCAGGACCCUGUAGUUUUCGUUUCAGGUGGGGCCAAGGGGAAGUCAGUGUGAAGAAGGUAAGGGAAGAAGGGAGCACCCUGUUCUGAAAAAUUCCCCACCCUGAACUGUGAAGAAUGCCACAUGCUGCCCUUUCCGCGACUGUAACCAAUUCUUACUAGGACUACUUGAUGCACCAUAGAAACUCUGUGGCUUCUUAUGAAAGUGGUUGUGUUAUAAGACUUAACUUUAUUAGAAAAACAGAAUUCAAAAAAUCGUUUUUAUUUUAAAUCAUUUCAUCAAUUGCAGGUGGAAGCACAGUAUCAUCAAACGGGGAAAACAUUAAAAAUGGAGGAAAAACCUACACAUUCCCUUAGUAAGCACAAUGAAAAUAAAAUGAGAUAAACUGCAAAAAGGAAAAACUAAAGGCCUUCAAAAUAAGAUUAUAUUUUUUCUGUGUGUGACACAUGAAACGAAUUUGUAGUCACCAAAAUGUCCCAGUCUGCCUGAGGAAGUACUCCCCCUGCUGGAAUUUCAAGGCAACUUGUACAAAGUAAAUUCUGAGGUCAAAGAGAAACCACUAAAUAGGAAAUUCUAUAUUAAAUCAGUACCUUGGUGGGUGAUGUAGAAAGAAUUACACUCAUUAGCUUACGAACUCUAAAUAGUUAAAGAUGUGUGCAGCUAAAAUGACGAUCUUAAAUGUGCAAAAAUGUCAAUCUUUCCCUACUGAACCAAUAUACAUUUUAAUUUCUUCACAGGUUCAACUUUUAAAAAAUACUUCAGAUCAAGAUCAACUCAGAGCUAAGUAACUGAAAUUAAAUAGUAAUUAAUAAAAUGCUAAAAGAUAA